GAGUGUUGUAGAGCCUACUUCGGGGCUCUAGUCAGGUGAAGAGACUUGAGGUACACGAUGUUGCCACCUCCUGCAGAGUACCAGUACCUAUGGGACAUCAGCUCAGGAAAAGUGCCUUCUGGAUCCACUGUGAGAACAUUUGGAAGACUUAACUGCUAUGAUUUUACUCAGUCCGAGGCAGUGCUCACAGCCCACCACUCAACAGGUCAGCACAAGCUUCAGGUGAACACAAGGUUUGUGGAACCAUUUUCUCCCCGUCUUGGAUCACAUUACAUGGCACUGGGCGAGCUGGAAUCUGGAGAUGAUACCCAUGUAGUACUGUGUGCCCGCUUGCUAACUUGCAUUGAAGGUGCAGACGUCUCCCUUUUGCAGAAUGCAAUAGAAGAACAGAGAAAAUACUUUCUAGAGAGAUAAUACAUCUUGGGAACAUAGCUGAACAAGGACUUAUGUGAGCUCAAUACCCUGUGUAGACUACAAGAUUGUGCUGCAAGCCUCCGGUAUAUAAUAUCAUGGGGUAUUAUUUCCUUUGUAAGGGUUCAAACAUGAUGCAAUUGUCACCUGUGUAUAAUGUCACUGUUUUGUCCUACACAUAAGUCAGAGCAUAAGCAGAUGUUGUGUAACAGGUUGGAAAGAAGCAGAUUUACUGUAAUUAUGUGUUGGCUGCUCUAUAAGACAUUUGUAUAUACUUGUAAAAAGUGUGCUGCAUAUUUGGUAUUUAGCCUUUGGGGAAAGAAUUGUAUCCAGCAAUUACAAGAAAUGAAUUCUCCUGAGCUGCGUUUGU